UGCUUGGAGAUGACAACCAAAAGGAAAAUUAUCGGCCGCUUGGUGCCCUGCCGGUGUUUUCGUGGUGAAGAAGAAAUCGUCUCGGUGUUGGAUUACUCUCACUGUGGCCUACAGCAGGUGCCAAAGGAGGUUUUUAACUUUGAACGGACGUUAGAGGAGCUUUACCUCGAUGCCAAUCAAAUUGAAGAGCUACCUAAGCAACUGUUCAACUGUCAAGCGUUACGCAAGCUGAGUAUUCCAGACAACGACCUCUCCAGUCUGCCAACUGCUAUUGCCAGCUUAGUUAAUCUCAAAGAACUUGAUAUCAGUAAAAAUGGAAUUCAAGAUUUUCCAGAAAAUAUUAAGUGUUGUAAGUGUUUAACCAUUAUUGAAGCCAGUGUCAAUCCAGUCUCUAAGCUGCCAGAUGGCUUCACACAACUUCUAAAUUUGACCCAGCUCUAUCUCAAUGAUGCCUUUUUGGAGUUUCUUCCAGCUAACUUUGGGAGGCUUGUCAAAUUGCGAAUUUUGGAGUUAAGAGAAAAUCACUUGAAAACUCUACCAAAGUCAAUGCACAAACUGACACAACUGGAGAGACUUGAUCUGGGCAAUAAUGAAUUCUCUGAACUGCCUGAAGUUCUCGAACAAAUACAAAACCUGAAGGAAUUGUGGAUGGACAAUAACUCUUUGCAAAUACUACCUGGGUCUAUAGGGAAGUUAAAACAGCUCGUGUACCUGGAUGUGUCAAAAAACAGGAUAGAAACUGUUGAUUUGGACAUAUCAGGAUGUGAAGGACUUGAAGAUCUCUUGUUGUCAUCAAAUAUGUUGCAGCAACUGCCAGACUCCAUAGGAUUGUUGAAAAGGCUCACGACCUUAAAAGUAGAUGACAAUCAGCUUACGAUUCUGCCAAAUGCAAUUGGAAAUUUAUCUUUAUUAGAAGAAUUUGACUGCAGCUGCAAUGAGUUGGAGUCUUUACCUUCCACCAUUGGCUACCUUCAUAACCUGAGGACGUUGGCUGUGGAUGAGAAUUUCCUUCCUGAACUGCCCAGAGAAAUUGGAAGCUGCAAAAACGUCACAGUGAUGUCUCUGCGCUCUAACAAGCUGGAAUUCCUCCCUGAUGAGAUUGGUCAGAUGCAGAAGCUGAGAGUGUUAAAUCUGAGUGAUAACAGACUGAAGAAUUUACCAUUCACUUUUACUAAACUUAAAGAACUUGCAGCUUUGUGGCUUUCUGACAACCAGUCCAAGGCUCUCAUUCCACUGCAGACUGAGGCUCACCCAGAAACAAAGCAGAGAGUACUGACUAACUACAUGUUUCCCCAGCAACCCCGCAGUGAUGAAGAUUUCCAGUCAGACAGUGAUAGUUUUAACCCUACUUUAUGGGAGGAGCAGAGACAGCAACGUAUGACUGUUGCCUUUGAAUUUGAAGAGAAAAAGGAAGAGGAGGAAAAUGCAGGGAAAGUUAAGGUUGAAAUAAAUCUAAAACGUUAUCCUACUCCCUACCCGGAGGAUUUAAAGAAUAUGGUAAAAUCAGUUCAAAAUCUGGUGGGCAAAACAAGCCAUGGAGUACGGCCUGAGAACUCAACACCAACUGCGAACAGUGAACAAACUGUGAAAGAAAAGUAUGAGCACAAGUGGCCCAUGGCACCAAAGGAGAUUUCAGUGGAGGUUCAAGAUACAGAAAAGAAAGAAUUCCCAAAGUGUCACCUGUCUGAUACAGACAACACUCAUAAAUCAACUCUGGAAAUCCCAGACAGCAAGGAGAAAGAAGCGCAUACUAAAAGCUCAGAGGAUGCCUUUGGACAUCCUGCCAGUGAGAUGAGGAUAGGGGAACUUCGUCCUUCCAUGCCAGAGACUCCGUUGUACCCACCCAAACUUGUUCUUCUGGGUAAAGAGAAGAAAGAAUCGACAGAUGAGUCUGAAGCAGAUAAAAUCCAUUGUCUGAAUAACAGCGUUUCCUCAGGCACUUACUCAGACUAUUCCCCUUCCCAGGCUUCCUCAGGGUCCUCCAACGCGCAUGUUAAAAUGGGGUCCUUGCAGACAACGGCUAAAGAAGCAGUGAAUAACUCUUUGUGGGGGAACAGGUGUGCUCGGCUGGCGCAGACGUUCCCCCAGCCCCUUGAGACAAAGCCAUUGCUGAGCCAGCGGGAGCCGGCCGUGGCGGGGAACCUGCCGGCACGCACGGACCGGCGCCCGCUCAGCGACACCUUCGCCGACAGCUGGAACGACAGCUCGCACUACGACAACACGGGCUUCGUCGCGGAGGAGAGCGCGGUGGAGAACCCCAGCGCCAACCCCCUCCUCACCACCAAGUCCAGAAGCACGUCCGCACACGGGCGCAGGCCGUUGAUCAGACAAGACAGGAUAGUCGGCAUUCCCCUGGAGCUGGAGCAGCCGACGCUCAGAAACACACACGAAUCUGAAGUGCCUCCUCCCAAUCCUUGGCAAAAUUGGACCAGAACCCCUAGUCCUUUUGAAGACAGGACAGCUUUUCCUUCCAAACUGGAAAGCACCCCCACCACCAGCCCUUUGCCUGAGCGGAAAGAUCAUGUCAAAGAGUCUCCUGAAAUGACUAGCACUUUCACUCCAGGAAUAGCGUGGGAAUAUCACGAUUCAAACGCUAACAGAAGUCUCACAAACGUCUUUUCCCAUAUCCACUGUCGCCCAGAUCCUUCCAAAAACGUUAUUUCCAUCAGCAAGAGUACAGAGCGACUUUCUCCCAUGAUGAGGGAUUUAAAAACUAACAAAUUUAAGAAGUCGCAAAGUAUCGAUGAGAUAGACAUUGGUACAUACAAAGUGUAUAAUAUACCCUUAGAAAACUAUGCAUCUGGUAACGAUACUGUAGGAACCCACGAGAGGGUGGACAAGCUGCUGGGCCCGGAGCACGGCAUGCUGAGCAUGUCCCGCAGCCAGUCGGUCCCCAUGCUGGACGACGAGCUGCUGACCUACGGCAGCGUCAAGGUGCAGCCGCAGCAGAAGUCGUCCGUCACUAAGAAAGUCUACCAGUUCGACCAAAGCUUCAACCCGCAGGGAGCAGUGGAGGUCACCGCGGAGAAGAGGCUGCCGCCGCCUUUCCAGCUCAACCCCGAGUACAUUCCCCAGCAGACUAAAAACCUGCCCCAGGAUCUGGUCAGCCCGAGGGCCUACCGCGGCUACCCGCCCGUGGAGCACAUGUUCUCCUUCUCCCAGCCUUCGGUGAAUGAGGACGUGGUCGGGGCUCCCUUUGCGAGCCAGAGCUCCCGGCCGGGGUUCUUGAGGAGAGCGGAUUCGUUGGCCAGCUCCACCGAGAUGUCCAUGUUCAGGAGAGUCAGCGAGCCCCACGAGCUGCCCCCGGCCGACAGGUAUGGCCGGCCUCCCUACCGAGGGCCCGUGGAGCGCCAGGGCAGUAUCUCGGUCUCUGAGUCUCAGUUCCUCAAGAGGAACGGCAGGUACGAAGACGAGCAUCCUUCCUACCAAGAAGUGAAAGCCCAGACUGGAAGCUUUCCAGUUAAAAACCUUACACAAAGGAGGCCGUUGUCUGCCAGAAGCUACAGUACAGAGAGUUACGGCACAUCCCAAACCAGGCCGGUUUCAGCGAGGCCAACAAUGGCAGCUCUGCUGGAAAAGAUACCGUCAGACUAUAACUUGGGUAACUAUGGCGACAAGCCUUCCGAUAACAGUGAUAUAAAGACAAGGCCUACCCCUGUGAAGGGAAAUGAGAGCUGUGCUAAAAUGCCCGCUGACUGGAGACAACAGCUACUUAGACAUAUAGAAGCUAGAAGGUUAGACAGGACCGCUGCUUACAAACACAACACAGUUAGCCUUGGCAUGCUGCACUCUGGAGGGUUUUCAGCAAUGCAUGCCGGCAGAAGCAUGACUUUAAACUUGCAGACUAAAUCUAAAUUUGAAAACCAAAUGCUUCAAGAGCUACCUCUACCGAAAACCCCGUCGCAGCAGAGCAGCAUUCUGGACAACGGGCAGGAGGAGGUGUCUGUGAGCAGCCAGUGGAACCCCUACCCGCUGGGCCGGCGGGACGUGCCCCCCGACACCGUCACCAAGAAGGCAGGUAGCCACAUCCAGACUCUAAUGGGAUCCCAAAGCCUGCAGCACCGGAGCCGCGAGCAGCAGUACGAGGGGAACAUGAACAAAGUCACCAUCCAGCAGUACCAGCCGCCGCUGCCCAUCCAGAUCCCCUCGUCGCAGAGCUCCCGCGCGCCGCAGACGGGACGGUGUCUGAUCCAAACCAAGGGCCAGAGGAGCACGGACGCCUACCAGGAGCAGUUUUGUGUGAGGAUAGAGAAGAACCCUGGCCUUGGUUUUAGUAUCAGUGGUGGAAUAAGUGGACAAGGAAAUCCAUUCAAACCCUCUGAUAAGGGUAUCUUUGUUACUAGGGUUCAGCCUGACGGACCAGCAUCCAGCCUGCUCCAGCCUGGCGACAAGAUCCUCCAGGCGAACGGACACAGUUUUGUACAUAUGGAACACGAGAAAGCUGUAUUACUACUGAAGAGUUUCCAGAACACGGUAGACCUAGUUAUCCAACGUGAGCUUACUGUCUAA